UGCAGUCGCGUGACUGCAUUUACUAUUUAUUUUGCCGGGUGUCAUUUCGAUCCAUUGCUACUAUAGAAAUAACUGUCUAACUAGCUAUGGCGCUGCAUACUUUCGUUUGGGAGGCUGAGGGUAGUGAAGUUUUCCUUCUUGGAAGCUUUGAUGACUGGAAACAGCCAGGAAGACCAAUGGCUAAGAAAGGUGAACAAGGAUUCUACAUCAAAGUUUCUCUGCCUGUUGGUCAAUACCAGUACAAAUUUCUGGUUGAUGGUGUCUGUCGUUAUGACCCCCAUAAAAAAGUAGUCUCUGAUGAGAAUGGAGACUUCAACAAUACUUGUGAAGUGAAUCAAAGUGCAACAGUGGUACACAGUGAAAACAUAGAACCAGUUACAAGCGCAAUACAAUGUUGCUCAACUUUGCAAUCUGAUUCAACAAAGACGCCACAAACAGUCAAAAUUACUUGCCUUCCAAAAAGUGUAACACAAGAUGUGCUCACUAAACUGGUAGAGGAACAUGGAAAGCUUGUUAAUAAGCCCUUUAUUCAGGGCUCCAAAAACAAGUAUGCCUGGGUAAACUUUAAGUCAAAUGAAGGUGCCGAGAGAGCUGUGACACAUCUUAAUGGUUAUUGUAUGGAUGGCAGGACUAUAACAGCUUCCUUAAAACAACCCUUGAACACACUAGCACCAACUGAUCAACAACUUCCGCAUCAUUUAUCACAGAAGUCUGUCAUUCUGGAUGGUGACAUACCACAGAAAAAGAAAGAACUGUUAAAACAACCUUCAAAUACACCAACUGAUCAACAACUUGCACAUCAAGUAUCACAGAAGCCUGUCGUUGUUGAUGGAACUGACUUACCACAGAAAAAGAAAAAACAACCCUCGAAUAUUCCAACUGAUCAACAACUUGCACAUCAAGUGUCACAGAAGCCUGUCAUUGUUGAUGGAAGUGACUUACCACAGAAAAAGAAAAAACAACCCUCGAAUACACCAACUGAUCAACAACUUGCACAUCAAGUGUCACAGAAAGUAUUGAAGCCUGUCAUUGUUGAUGGAAGUGACUUACCACAGAAAAAGAAAAAACGUCCCUCCAAUACACCAACUGAUCAACAACUUGCACAUCAAGUGUCACAGAAAGUAUUGAAGUCUGUCAUUGUUGAUGGAAAAGACAUACCACAGAAAAAGAAAAGGCACAAGAGCGUUGCACGUAUUAACUCUGCAGCUUCCAACAAGCCUGAAUAUGAUCAGAAGUGUUCGUCUGUUGACAAUCUAUUACUUAGAAUCAAGUAUGAGCAAGAAAGCACUGGAACAAAAUGCAAAGAACGAAUUUCUCAGCUCAAACAGGAGCAAACUCAGAUUCUGAUUCCGAAAAAAUGCUCAUUAACUUUAUUUCAAACAUUGCAAGAGAAAAAGACAUCAAUAGCACUUGAGAUGUCAGAGAUUCAGUGCAGACAAUUUGAGUUUAACACAGCCUGUGAAAAAUUGUGUGAAUUUGCUCGCAGCUAUAGCUUACCAUCUCCUCCUCCAGAACUAUUUGAAAGGAGAUUAAAGUGUGAAUGCUUGAGGUAUAAUAAAGGACUUCCGAUAUACUCACAUCGACAGCAGAUAAUGGAAAUUAUCAGAAAUAACCAGGUUAGCAUUCUAACGGCAGAAACUGGCUCUGGAAAAAGCACACAGCUUGUUCAGUACAUUUAUGAGGAUGGCUUUGCAAGUGCAGGUGUUAUUGUGUGCACACAGCCGAGAAAGGUGGCUGCUAUCUCUCUUGCUAAGUAUGUUAGCUCAGAAAUGUUUGCCUCUCUUGGAACAAUUGUUGGAUACAAAACAGGCAUCCAUGGUAACUAUUCAGAGGAUACUGACAUGCUAUACGUAACUGAUCACACUUUACUAAAUGAGUGUGUUGAAGAUCCAACAUUUUCCAAGUACUCUUGCCUGAUAGUGGAUGAAGCUCACGAGAGGAACCUGAACACUGAUGUGUUACUAGCGUUCAUCAAGCGUUGUCUUCCAACACGCCCAGACCUUAGAGUAGUCAUCACAUCAGCUACUAUUGACCCAAAGAAUUUUGUGCAGUACUUCGGCCAGGAUUGUCCAGUAAAGACUGUGCCAGGUCGAUUAUUUCCUGUAGAUGUGACGUACUGCCCUAUCACAACCAGUCAGAACUCGCAAAGAGGGAUGCCUGUGUAUGUUGCUGGAGCAAUAGAUUAUGCCGAUACACUGCACAAGAAUGAACCCCCAGGUGAUAUCCUUGUCUUUCUUACCUCCCCUGGUGAAGUCGAACGUGCUUGCCAGACAUUGGAAAUGCGUACUAAAAACACAGCUUGUAUUCUGCCUCUACACGGUAAGCUGCAACCAGAAGAUCAGCAGAAAGUUUUCAAGGACUAUCCUCAAAGAAAAAUUAUUUUUUCCACUAAUGUGGCUGAAACAUCGAUUACCAUUCUUGGAGUAAAAUACAUUGUGGAUUCCGGUGUUGUCAAGGAACUAUGCUUUGAUGCGAAGAAGAACAUGAACUCUCUUGAAGUUCGAGAUAUUAGUAAGAGCUCCGCUGAACAGAGAAAAGGUCGAGCAGGACGAACAAGUGCGGGAAAGUGUUACCGUCUUUACUCGGAGGACACAUACAAGAAUAUGUCAGAAAGAAUGGUUCCUGAAAUACUACGAGUGUCACUGGCUGGCACAGUUCUUAAGUUGCAUGAACUUGGAAUCACAGAUGUACUCGGUUUUGACUUCAUUGAAAAGCCGGAAGAAGCUGCUCUGAUAUAUGCUGUUGAAACUCUAGAGUUCCUUGGUGCUGUGUGUAACGGCAGGCUCACAAAUAUUGGCAGAUCAAUGGCUGCACUCCCUGUUGAUCCAAGACUAGCAAAGAUUAUACUAGAUGGAUUUGUUGAGAAAGCUGGGUCAGAAGCAAUUGCCAUGGCAGCUAUUUCCUCCCUAGCUAGCACUAUUUUCUUUCGAGGUGGAACGGAUCAGAAUAAGGAGCAAAGUGAUUUGUUGAAGAGCACAUUUUGCGUCCCUGAAGGCGACCAGCUAACUGAUUUCAAUGCCUAUUGCCAAUGGGUAUCUAAUUCUCGUCAAGAGCGCAAUGCUUGGUGUGUGAAAAACAGUAUUAAUGCAAAGAGCAUGCGUAUCGUAGACGAAACGAUCAAAGAUCUCACUGUGAUAGUCAAGAAACAGCUAAAAGUACCAAUUGCUACAAGCACCUUAUCUUUCGAAAGGGCAAUAGACAAGGUAGCUAAACUCUUCUUUAAAUCAUUUGCAAACAAUCUAUGUGUGUUUCUUGGGCAUGAGAAAGUUGGUUACUUUAAUCCAAACCUUCCAGACGAGAAGCUUGUCAUUUUCCCAGGAUCUUCUUUGUGUAAACUGAAUAUCCAGCCCAAGUUUCUCAUUUAUGAAAAAACUUUAAGAACCUCUCAGCAUUUUCUCCUUCAAGUUUUGCCAGUAAGAGAAGAGUGGGUGGAAGAAGCACUUGAGUCUGGACUGAUACGACAUCACCCCAUGAAAUGUGAGCAGUUUACAAACUUAGAAGUAUCACCAUUUGUUGUUGAGCACCUUGGAACAUAUGUACUUGACACUGUUGUUCACAACCAAAGGUCUCUCUUUGAUCAUCCUACAUUUACUUCCCUGAAUCGAGUUCAGAUUGAUGCUAGUCAGAAGAAUGGUACUCUGAAAGUCUUUGUACAAAACAGUUUUCGUAAACUGGUGCAGAAACACCUGGAGCACUAUAUAAGUCACAUCAAACUUGAGCUAAAUAUGUUCUGUUCUGAGGCUGGUGUAACCGCAGAUGGUGACAAUGUCAGAGUGCUUGUUGGAAGUGGAGGCGUUACUGUUAAAAUUCUGAUGCCUCAUCAAUAUCGCUGUUUGGUUGCUAAGGGGCCUGUAACUGGUAAUUGGAAUGAAGAGCUCACAAAAACGCUUAGCGGUUGUGGCGCCAUCCAGAAACAGGUUUUCACAAAAGAAAGGCGCUUAUUCGUGACUUUCUAUGAUUCUAAUGAUGCCGAAAAAGCAAGUAAACUAACGACCCCAACUGGAGUUUGUAUCCAGCCGAUUCUCCCAAGAAAAAAAGAUCGGUUUAAUGUAUCUUAUCUUACUAUAAAGAUGGAGUGGAACAGAAGAGACCGCAAAAACUUUGUGAAUCUUGAUUUCCGAACACCUCAUAUAACUACAAUCUUUACUCAUCUUUCCGACCAUGGUGCUGCCAUUGCUGGUGUGGUAUUGCGAUUCCGAAUAUCAAAGCAUAAUGAAUGCCAUAUUUACACAUCAAAUGUACCCCCUCAAAUUCCUGAAGAAGCAAUCCGAAAUGAGUUUGAUAUAAUUUUGACCCCACUAGGCUACCCUAGAGGCAGUUAUGAUGUGAUAUUUGCUUACACAAAAGUAUUUGAAACUACCGAAGAAGAGCAUGAACUGCUGCAAGAGACUCUACACAGUCUUAUGGGUCCCAUUGCUAAAGAAAAGUUUAACCUCAAACUUCUAAUGCCUGAAAAUUAUCACAAGUUUUUUGUAGCCUUUGUGAAUUUUACAAGCAUUGAUGAAGGAAUGACAGCAAUAGAUACAUUAAAUAAUGCUCGCAUUAACUACAAGCCAAUCAAAAUCCAUCGUUUUCUUUCGUCAAGCAUUAAAUUCUCCCCAACACUGUACGCAGCUGUUCAGAAAUCGGUGUACGAAGCAACUGAAAAUGUCAAAGCUGACUAUAGGUCCGUAAAGGUAACCAACUCCAAGAAAGGAGACGUUGUAAUUGUAAAGGUCGAAUCAAGUAAUCCAACUGAAUUCGUUGCAGCUUUAAAAGCAUUGAACUCUGUUCUACAGCCAGAUGUGAUAGAAUGCUCGGACCAACUUCGUUUUGAGUACAUGAGAUCAAAAAGAUGUGAAGAAGACAUAAAGAAAAUUGAGGAGAUCAGCUUAACUGUUAUUCGUAGGGAUUUUCGACUCAAAUGUAUUAAAAUGUAUGGUAUAAAAGAAAACAUUACAAAAGCUAAGGCAGAAUUUGACAAAUCUCUUUCUUUUGGAAUUGGGAUAAGUUAUUAUGAAAUUGAGUUGAAGAAAACUGGAAGACCUCCUGGACUUUUAAAAUUCCUUAUAACUACAUUCGGAAUUGAUUUAAGAUUGCUUAUGACACAGUCCGGAAUUGAAAUGGUUAGAGUUGACAUUCGCAAACAGAUACUAAUUCUUUUUGCCUCUGAUACCGGAUACAAAGUGCUUACGGAUAUUAUUGAGCAAUUUUGUGAAGAAAAUUCCACCAAUACUCCGAUUGUUCAUUCCCUUGCUGGUGAUGUUAUGUGCUGUGCUUGCUACACUCUAAUCGAUGACACGGAAAGUGUAUAUAGACUUGAGGACUGUGGACAUGCGUACCACUGUGAGUGCGUAGAAGCACAGCUUACACCAAAUACAAUCACAAUUCCAAUCCAAUGUGCUGCUGAAGGAUGUUCUCGUCCAUUUGUAUGGCAAGACUUUGAAAAUCUCAAAUCAAAGGGAAAAUUGAAUCUACAGACAGUAAUUACAGAGUCUGUCCGUGCAUACAUAACAGCAAACAACGAUCAGGUGCACAAUUGCCCCACCCCAGAUUGUGGUAUGGUUUAUACUGUCACAGAAGAGGGGCAGUGUUUUUUGUGCAAUCACUGUGGUGUACUGACCUGCACCAACUGUCACCAACCUUUCCAUUGUGGCCUUACCUGUGCACAAAAUGAAUCUUCUGGUAAUCCUGAUGAAGGAUUGACUUCUUGGUUGCAGGACGAUGCAGAAAACAGGAAGCUUUGUCCUAAGUGCAACACUCCAAUCGAGAAGUAUGGAGGAUGUGCUCACGUGGCUUGUAGAAGUUGCAAGUCGCACAUUUGUUGGCACUGCCUUGCCUUUUUUAGCAGCUCAGGAGAGUGCUACGGUCAUCUUCAUCAGUCCCAUGGGGGAUUCACGUAAACAUAAUUGUAAAACUACAACAUGUAAUGAAUUAUGUGUAGUUUUAGUUGAAUCAUAGAUUGAAUAGUUAGUCUUCAAUCUAUGGUUGAAUGUACAUUAUUUAGCUGAAAAUUUUACUAAAAAGUUUGUCCUAUAAUUAUAUUAUGUACCUACGUAGCUAUACAUUUGGUGUACCAAGUUCUAUGUAAACUUGCGUAAACUGAUUGCAUAAUGUG